AUGACCUCGACACAUUCCGACGGGCAGACAAUCGUCCACCAGGACACCCUCGACGACAUCUUCGGCUCCUCUCCACCUCGCGGGGACGGGAUAAUUAAUGAUCAAGACGGUGGUCAAGGACUCCCACGCGAACAACAACAAGCUGCUCUUUCUGGCAACGUUGAACCUUCCGAUCUCCCCUCCCUUCGUCGCCAACACGUUACGGCGGGGUACCGCGACGGGGUGGCCGAAUCCAAGGGCCAGCAUAUCCAGGCUGGGUUUGAUGCCGGGUACGCCGUUGGUGCGCGGUUGGGGAUGCGCGCGGGGACGGUCAUCGGCAUCCUGGAGGGGAUUGUACGCGGGUACGAUGGGAAGAACGGGACGAUAAGGAAACAACAGCCUGGCACGGCGGGAGAGAGCACAGCAACAACGGAGGCAGCCAAGAAAACGCGCCAGGAGAAACGAGAGGAGAUCUUGCGUCGGUACAGGGCUGCCGUGCGCGAAUUGGACAUGCACGCUGUCUUUGCAGGGUCGGACACCCCCACUGCCGCACCACUGCAGGGAGACGAGAAAAGUGAGAAACCCGAGGUCCAGCUCGGUGCUAGGGGGGACGCGGUCGUGGCGAAAUGGGAGACGCAAGUCAAUGUCCCGCUGUGGGAGGCGAAUAUGGACACCCUGGAGAUGACCAAGGAGUGA